CACCCCUCUGCUUCAUCAGAGCAGAGAGAGAGAGAGCUCCAGUAGCUCGAGUGAGAGAGCAAGAGGCGUCACUAGACUAGCAGCUCUCUGGAGCGAGAGACCACCGAUCGAGAUCGUGAGAUCAAGCAGCUAGCCAUGACGACUGAGCUGGCGCCUCUGCCCAAGGUGGUGCUGGGCUCGCUGUCGUUCGGGGUGUUCUGGAUGCUGGCGGUGUUCCCGUCGGUGCCGUUCCUGCCGAUCGGGCGCACGGCGGGGGCGCUGCUGGGCGCGGUGCUCAUGAUCGUGUUCCACGUGAUCGGCCCCGACGACGCGUACGCCUCCAUCGACCUCCCCAUCCUGGGCCUGCUCUUCGCCACCAUGGUGGUGGGAGGCUACCUCAAGGGCGCCGGCAUGUUCGGGCACCUGGGCGCGCUGCUGGCGUGGCGCAGCCGGGGCGGCCGCGACCUGCUCUGCCGCGUCUGCGUCGUCACCGCGCUCGCCAGCGCGCUCUUCACCAACGACACCUGCUGCGUCGUGCUCACCGAGUUCGUGCUCGAGCUCGCCGCCGAGCGCAACCUCCCCGCCAAGCCCUUCCUACUGGCGCUCGCCACCAGCGCCAACAUCGGGUCCAGCGCCACGCCCAUCGGCAACCCGCAGAACCUGGUCAUCGCCUUCAACAGCAGGAUCACCUUCCUCCGCUUCCUCUUCGGCAUCCUGCCGGCCAUGCUCGCCGGGAUGGCCGUCAACACCGUCAUGCUGCUCUGCAUGUACUGGAAGGAACUCGAGGGCGCAAGCCCCGACGAGGUGGGCGCCGGGAAGGAGAUGGAGGCCGUCGAGGAGGGGCGGUCGCCGGCCUCCUCGGUGCUCUCGCUCAAGUGCGGCGCCAGCCCCGCCCUGCGCCAUCGCCAGAACGGCAACGGCAACGGCAACGCCGGCCACGACGACGCGGACUCGGUGAUGUCGGAGAACAUCUCGACCAAGCACCGGUGGUUCAUGCAGUGCUCGGAGCAGCGGCGGAAGCUGUUCCUCAAGAGCUUCGCGUACGUGGUCACCGUCGGCAUGCUCGUCGCCUACAUGCUCGGGCUCAACAUGUCGUGGACGGCCAUCGCCACCGCCAUCGCGCUCGUCGUCGUCGACUUCCGCGACGCCGAGCCGUGCCUCGACAAGGUGUCCUACUCGCUGCUGGUCUUCUUCUCGGGUAUGUUCGUGACGGUGAGCGGGUUCAACAAGACGGGGCUCCCGGGGGCCAUCUGGAACUUCAUGGCUCCCUACGCCAAGAUCAACCACGUCAGCGGCGUCACCGUGCUCUCCCUCAUCAUCCUGCUCCUCUCCAACCUCGCCUCCAACGUGCCAACUGUGCUGCUGAUGGGGGACGAGGUGGCGGCGUCCGCGGCGACGAUCUCGGCGGCGGCGGUGACGCGGUCGUGGCUGCUGCUGGCGUGGGUGAGCACGGUGGCGGGCAACCUGUCGCUGCUGGGGUCGGCGGCGAACCUGAUCGUGUGCGAGCAGGCGCGCCGCGCGCCGCGCAACGCCCACGACCUCACCUUCUGGAGCCACGUCGUGUUCGGCGUCCCGUCCACGCUCGUCGUCACCGCCAUCGGCAUACCGCUCAUCGGCAAGCUCAGCAUCUAGUAGUACUAGCAGCAUCUAGUAGUACUAGCAUAUCGAUCGAUCCCAUCCCAUGCAUGGAAUCGAAAGGAAAGCUUCAAGCCCCUUCAACAGCGUCGUCGUCAUGCCAUGGCGACCGGCCGGUCGACGAGCUGAGCAAAAACUAAGGCAAUCAAAGCCGCGCACCAUCAUGCAUGCCUCUCAAGAGUGUGCGAUUAUUGAUUACUGCAUCUUCCUAUUUCAAGUCUCAAAAGUAUCAUAGAUUUGCUGUAUAGCUUUACUGUCCCUGCUCUGAGACAACAGGCCAGACUAGUAGAGCAUCCAGUAAUGUCGUCAGAUGUUAAGAAAGAUGCAGCAAUGUGCUAAUAAUUAAUCAACCUUCAACUACAAAACCGAAUAAAGAGGCCAUCAAACUAUGGAAAUCGGGCCUUGGCCCUUAAGGUGGUUUCAAGGAUGGUUUUUGUAUUAAAAAAUAAAUAAAUAAUCUAAAUAGAUCUAAAAACUAAAACUAAUUCAUUUGAAUCAGAAAAAUAUAAAGCUAGUACCAAUUUUUUUCUAAAAAUAUAAACUAUCUAUUAUUGCUCAAUUUUAAUCUUAGUUAUUCAAAAAUAAUAGGCAUAACUCUACAAGUAGCCAAAUAUUAUGAACAUGAGAAAAUGGAUCUGAAUAACUGACAAAUAUCGUGCCAAUAGAUAGUUGCAUCUUUAGUAAACUUUUGAUACCCAUUUCAUAUUUUUUACUUAAAAUGAAUUACUUAUAAAUUUUUAGUUUUAGUUUGAAUAUUUUAAUUCUCACAAAAUACAAAACCACCUUCAAAACCAUCUAAGGAGCCAAAUUUGCCCAGUUUCAACAAUUCAAUGGCCUCUUUUUUUCGGUUUCGUAGUAGAAGGUUGAAAAUCGAACUUUUGUGAUAGUUCGAGGGUGUAACUCAGACUCUUCCCUAGAUUCUACCAUAUUGAUGGUGAGCUGUUUAUUAUUUUGUGAUAAUAUUUAGAUUUUUUCUAUUUUUCUUAUUUAGAUUUUUCUUAUUUUCCCUUAUGUUUACUCUUUGCUUCAUGCUAAGGAGAUAAAAAAAUGCAUGUGUUGUCUCAUUCGGGAAAAUAAAGUUCAUGUGUUGUUGUG